AUGAUUCAUUCCAUUGAGGAAGCAGACAAGCCGACAAAGAGGGUAAAGAAACAAGAAAAGAAGAAGGAAGAAAGAGUUACCAAAGUAGCGAAGGGGCAAACUGCAAGGAAGCGAAAGUCUGAGAAGGCAGCACCUUCUCAGCCCAAGCAAAAGAAGACCAAGAAGCCUACUAGGAAGCUUAUCCUUCAGUCGUCAAGCGACUCCGACUCCGAGUAUAUCCCUACUGGACAUAAACAACCCACUCCUAGCGCAUUUGAGAGAAAAGUCUCUGAUGAUGAGGGUUCGGUUCGUGGUAAUACCCCACCACGCUCGCCUACCCCAGAGGUACAAGUUCGCUCCAAAGCACCUUCUCCUCCACCUGUUUCCAUUCCUAUUUCCUUACCUUCCAAUUUCCCAGUUAUCACAUCACAACCUUCUUCUACCAUUCCCAUUCCUACACCUAUUUUUACUGACACUACCACAGCCACCACAACUGAAGUUCAGACCAACGUAUCUGAUACGAGGGUUCGGUCUUCAGUCCCUGAAUCAUCUAAACCACUAUCUCCUACCCGUUCAACCGAAACCAACAAUGUUCUUGGAGAUGCUCCUCCCACCAAGCGACAUCUCAAGGCUGUGACUGAUAAACUUGAUCAGUUACUUUCUAAAUCCUCUGCUGAUCCUCACUCAGAAGCUGCUCUUAAAGCUCUGUUCUCUUCUGCAAUCAAAGAGCAUGAUACCUCCAUCUCCAAUGCAGCAAAGGCUGUUGAUGCCUCCACCUCUCAAUGCCAAAAGGAUUCGCUUGCUGUGGAAGCCUCUACAAAAUACUGCAAGGAAGUGCCCGUAAAAGUCGAAAAACUAGUUUCAGAGGCUCAAAUCUUUUUAGACUCUUUACAAACAGCCGCUCAGAAAAACGCACAUUCACUUGAGGCUGAGCUUGCAGUUGAAAACAAAGUCAUGGAUGAGCUGGACAAGCGAACCUCUCAUCUCAAAAUGCAGAAUUUAAAGCUCCGAACUGAAACUGAAGAGAUUAAUGAUUUAAAUUCUGAACGAGAGAAUGGAGGGUGUUUCGGAGACCACUAUUCAUCCGAAAAACAAGGGGGAGAAAAGAAAUCACAAGGCAAAACUGACAAAACUCAACCUCCACCCCCUCCAGAAACAAAAGCUACUGCUGGACUGAAGGAUAAUGUAGCUUCGGCCAGUAAAGGAGAAAAGAAAAAGAAGAUUAUUGGUGAAUAUGAUGAUAUUGAUGACAUCAUUAAAGAAGGUUCUUCCAAGCCUGAUCCAAAAUUCAAGCCUUCUGAUCAAGAGCUUAAGGAAAAGAUGGAUCGUUUGUAG